CCUCUGCUCCUACAUCAUUUGAAGGUCCUUUUGGCAAAGUCCUCCAUCAGGUGAAAGCUGUGAUAGACACACCUCGCUUCUCCAAGGACUACAAGUGCAACAAGAUCUUCUACAUUCUCUGCCCUCUCAACUUGAAUGACAUCCCUGACAUCGAGCAGCCCAACACUAUGUCCAUCACCAAGAAGUUCAACUACAAGCUUGUGAAAAGUGGUAACAUUAUCUUGACGGCCACCUCGGAUCUGAAAGGGUACAUUGUGGGACAAGCCAUCCAGCUCCGCACGGACAUAGAGAACAAAUCAGGCCGGGACACUGGGGCUGUGGUGGCCAGUCUGCUCCAGAAAGUGGCUUAUAAAUCCAAGCGCUGGAUUUACGACCUGAGGACCAUCGCAGAGGUGGAAGGCUCAGGAGUGAAAGCCUGGAAACAUGCAGAAUGGAAGGAGCAGAUCCUCGUUCCAGCACUGCCCCAGUCCAUUCUGCAGGGCUGUAGCCUCAUACAUAUCGACUACUACAUCCAAGUUUCCAUCAAGUCUCCAGAGGUUUCGGUCACUCUGCCCAUCUAUAUUGGUAACAUUGCUGUGAACAGGGUUCCCCUGAGCCCCUCCCGCUCCAUCCAGCACAUCCCAUCUGCAGUGGUACCCAGUGCCCCCCCGGAGGAAGAGGAGGCUGCCAGCGGUUAUCACCCCAUGGACAAUAUCUCGAUCCCCACCAAAAGCCAUUCCCAGCAGCAGCCCUUUAGCUACGCCCCAGGACUGAGCUUCCAGGAGAUUAGGGUGGACUCGGAGCAAACGGGCUCCCCAAACCAUCCCACACUCUGCCUGUCAACGGGGGCCACUGUCCCUUACUACGCUGAGGGGAACGUGGUGCCUGUCCCCACCGCCAGCUCUCUCAUUUUGCCUCCAGAGUACAGCACGUGGGGCUACCCAUACGAGGCACCUCCAUCCUAUGAGCAGAGCUGCAGCAGUGCCAACUCCAGCAUCAGCAAUGGCAAUUAGCCUCCCAGGCUGGGAGUCCCGCUGGCGCUGCCGACCCCUGGGCACCACGGUUCACCUGCCUACUGCAAAGUCUGGUACAGCACAAGGCGUCUUUUGAUCUCUCUGGCUGCUUGGUGGGGUCAAUGGCACAUCCCAGCCUGGGCUUUUUAAGUCUCUUUUUUUUAGGGAGGGGUUAAAAACCAAAAGAAAAAAAAAAGGGGCAGCCUGAGCAGCCUGUGUGUGUGUAGGAGAGAAACUGAAACGUCUCCUCCUGCUGCAUCAAGUGCUGGAGACUGGUUCCUACCCCAGGGAUGUUCUCUACAGCAGCCUGUGUUUAAAGUACUGUACUCAACACUAACUGCUUUACUAUCAAAGCACCUGCGAUGCCUUAUCCAAAAUGCUCCUGAUGUGGCGUGUCCCCACUGUAGGUGAAAGCUGGGCUGUGGGGACUUUCUCUUCUCUUUUAGGGGCCGUGUGCUCUCCACAAUGGUUUUGACAACCCUUCCUCCUUGUCCUCAGAGGUCCUAAGGGUAACUGAAACAGAAGGUUUCUUGGAGUAAGCAGGUUUGGAAGGUCAGGGACUCUUAAAAAAAAGAAAAGCCAAAAGCACAAGCCCUCGCUAUAGCUGUGUUGUGGGGUGAGUGACCAGCAGCCUUUGGUCCUCUCGCCGUGGGCUGCACCGCUGCCUGCGUGCAGUGAGAGGAGAGAGGCUCUG